AUGAGUUCAGUUAAACAAAGUCCCGUUAAGAAACAGUCUGCUGCUGGUGCUGCUGGUGGUGCUGCUGGUGGUGCUGCUGAAGACAAUCCAAAGAACACCGAUGCGUUAUCGGUUGGUGAAUUUGAUGAUGAUCCGUCACUUUUGUCUGAUCCAGAAGAGUAUCUAGAAGAAAAUGAGUCGUUGGAUAUGAAUUUAUCCUCAGGUGAUCAAAAAAUAUGGCUAGUCAAACUCCCCAGAUAUUUGAUGGAUGAAUGGAAUAAGCCAGAUGUACAGAAAAGUGGCAAUACAUUGGGCAAUGUCAAAAUCAAAAAGGACCCAAAAGGGAAGCUACAGGUGAAAUUGAUCCUAGAUAAGAAAUUACCCAAUAUUCCUCAAGAGUACGAUAUCAAUAUGUUGAACACGCAGGUUCGAAAUACCUAUGCAUUUACUGAGGAGAACCUCAAGAAAUUUAAACAGGAAUUAACUGAAGUUAAUCAAGCACCCAACCAACCAGCCUUGAAAGAAGUGGAUGAAAAAAAGAAAAAAUUCCAACCAAGGCAAAAGUUUAAGUUCUAUAGAGUACAGAAAAAUGGAGAAGAAGGAAGCUCUACUCGAAAGUAUAUCCCGUUUGUUAAAACGAUACCUAAAAAGACAAGCUUACUAGGUAAAAUUUGUCAUGAUUGUUCAGUAGUACCGCUGAAAAACGAUCAGAGUUAUGCCGCUUUACUUAAAAACAGAGAGUCCCUAGUUAAAGCCCCUGAGCGACCAAAAGUAACCUUUUUAAACGAAAUACCUGGUGUUAUUCAAUCCAAUGCUGGUCCAUCCAUCAAGGGGAACAACACCUCUGUUUUCCUUAAAUCAACACAGCCAAAGAACAAAUCCGACGGAAGAGCAACAAGAAUGCCAAAAAAGGAUCUUUUGGAUUUAUUGUUUCGAUUAUUUGAAGAAUACGAGUAUUGGUCGAUGAAAGGUUUGAAAGAAAAGACAAAACAACCGGAAUCGUAUUUGAAAGAGUCUUUGGAUUCGAUUGCAACUUUAAUUAAAAAGGGUCCAUACACUUCGAAAUAUGCAUUGAAGGCGGAAUAUAAGAGAUUGAGAGAUGCAGAAAAAGCAGCUAGAUUGGGACUUGAUGAGGAACAGGAUAAGGAGAAUGAAGAUGAUGACGUUGAAGACGAGGAUAUGGAAGAAGUUGUUUAG